GACGUCUCAUGGCUGCCCACGUGAGCGCGCCAUCGGUCAGCGUCUUUCUUGGAGGGGGAUUUGGGCAUGUGACUGACUUGCAGGGAGGGCGCAGGAGGUUCAGCUCGAUGCUUGUGACCGAUCGCGCCUGUCAUCAAUCUCUCUCUCGCUCUCGCUUUAGCGCGGACCGAACAUGGAGAUCGCCAAUUUCUCGUAGCACGAUUCUCACUGACCGACGGCCGCGAGGUGCUCCAGGAGGAGCUCAAGAGCUUUGUAGAAUCCGGACAGGGGUCUGUCUAUACAGGGUCGACCAUUCUCAGGGAGGGAUGGAGGGAGGGAAUGGAGACCUGGAACCCAAGAUUCAAAUUUUUCAGCCCUCAAUUGUAUUCCAUGAAGAGGGCACAAGCUUCUAGGAAACUGGCGUAUCGUGCUGCACCUCAACUGUGUUGAUCCUCAGAGAUAUUUGUUAAGUCAAAUCCGACCUUCAUAUCCAGAUUGUACGCACAAUUGUUGGUCAUUACCUGGACGCGGUUCGUUCUGAAUGGAUCCAACAUGAGCGAGAUAAGGCCGGGUGCAUCAGAGCUUGUGAAAAGUUCCUCCCAAUGAACCUGGACAGUAGGCAGAACUCUACUGGGGAUAGAAAGAUGCCUCGACCCAAACUGGUAUCAACAGAGGACAUUUUCUGCACGGCCAGUUUCCAUGACUGAUGUGUGCAGGCGAUUGGGCACAAAUUGUUUAAAGGUCUCGAAAUUGUCGCGCUGUAGCUCUCAAGCCUGUGGCGCUCCUUCGACGAGAACCAACAGCCAGAAACUACCUUCAAAAGCCGAUUCUUAAGGAUCUGUUCGUGUUUUUAUUUCUUGUUCAAUAAGCGCAAUAAGGUCUUCCCUUCAUUUUCUCCAUAAAUCAUGCGAAAUGAAAGGCGAAAUCCAGUAUACUCCUGUCAAUGAUUUCUGUUCUCUCUAUUCGAAAUGUUUGGAAUCUGUUUGUCUUGAGUGACAUUCGGAACGCAUUCCAGCCAGCCAGGCUGUGGAUAGUCAGCAAGAAAAACGUGCAAUUCAAUAUAUUUUAGUUGGCAACCGUGAACUGGCUUUGACCUUUACGCAGACAUGCGAGCUUCAACCUGGUGAGAAAUAUCACUGCACGACAUCUGAAAAAAUCGUACUGUCUUCCGUAUGCGAGUAUUUGUGUCAAUCUCCAGGUUGAUGUUCCUCAUGGCACAUAAAGAUCUUGUCCAAAGAUCAAGAUCUUUGCAAACUUCCCACUUCUGAGAAUCUGGAGCUGUGUGCUGGACAGAGUACAGGCAGGGCUCUUAAAUAUCCGUGCUCAUUUCCCCUUGACCACAAUCUCAUUAACUGCUCCCUCGUGUCUCCUCUCAAUCAACUCUCGUCAAUCUCAUUUCCUCGGACUCGUUUUCUCUAGAGCUUCGCAAUCAUCAGACAGAGUAGCGCUGACGACAUUCAUUAUGUGUCCGGAUGUCAAAUGCGCCCUAUUUUGUGCACUACUGCUGGCCUCGGUUGCAGCUCUCAGAGCAGACUUGCUCGUGUACGUAGACAGCGUAGGCUGCGACGAGAAUGUCCCAGUGGAAAGUGGCAUCGGCCAGAGCUUUAGACUGGCUUCCGUUUCUGCUCUGGACAAGAUCGACAUUCUCCUUUACAACUUGGGCUCCAACUUUUCUCGGUUCAGUGUAGAACUGCGCGAGAGCGAGGGGCCUGGAGGUUCGAAGCUGGGAACAUCAGCACCAGCAAAGGCUGUUGGGCCAUCCUCCUCCUCCUUAAAGCAAGGAUGGUAUUCUUUCUCCUUCAGUGAGCCGAUCACCUUGCUUGCUGAUCGUGCUUAUACGCUGAAGCUCAAGGUUCCCGAUACCAUUCUUUCUGCAGGUUUUGCUUCGUGUGCGAAUUCCUAUGCAGGUGGACUUCUCUACAACCCUCCAGACCGUCCAGUGCCCAACAGAGAUUUGGUUUUUCGAGGGUAUGGCAAACCUCUGCUCUUGGCCCAUUGGCCAUUCGACAAGCAUCUGAACGAUGUGUCGCCCUACUCCAGAGGUCCUGCUGUGGUGAAGGGAAGCACUGUGAGCUUGGUGAAAGACUACAUCAGCGUCCGAGCACCGGGAUACUUGGAUCUUCCUCGACUGGACUUUCGAUUCAUAAGUUUUACAGUCACAUUCUCGCUCCGAGUCCCAUCAGGAACUCCAGGCAGGCAAUUCAUGUUCGCCGAUUGGAGUCAUGGAGACUGGCAGUUCUUGGCCGAACUGGAGAAUUCGAGACUCGGUGUGGUGCUACGCAGGAAUGUCCCUCAGGACAUCACUCUGGUCAAUCUGUACUCGACCUCUCCCAUACCGUAUGAUCAGUGGUUCGAUGUAGCCUGGGUUUUUGACAAACCUUCCCGCACCUUGGCGCUGUACUUCGAUGGCGAGAAGGUUGGAGAUUGUCUCGUGGAACCUCGGGUCUGGGAUCUAAGUCUGAAGUACAGUCCAGGAGCUUAUUAUCAGUCUGAUGCGAGAGCUGAAGAAGCUACACAUCUCAAUGCUGAUGUUCGCAAUCUUCGCUUAUAUGCCACCUCUGACCUUAGUAUUACCAGACUCGUACAGACGAGUUGAUGUGCAGAUUACGUCUGAAGGAGGGGAUGCAUCUGAUGCUUGCCUGGAUUGAGCUACCACAGAUGUCGAGAGAGAGAUGCUAGCGUAGGAAAUUGCGGAUCAAAAGAAACGGAUGGAUGUUCAGACGUCGACAGUUGUCACUUUUUCAAGGGAAUUUUCACAACUUGUUACACUUUUUCCUGUCAAGAUGGACUCUUCUUAGCUUUUACCAGCCUCAGGCAUCUUCAUCUCCUUCGAUUCGCCAAGAGCUCCUUGAUGACCUCAGUCUCCAAAGAUUCUGUACUGGGACUUUCCUCUCACUUUCACUCACUUUUUCGUCGUGGCCUUCAAAAUCGACAUGCAACCAUGGAGAGAUGACCUCAGCCUCCACAGCUUCUGUAUUGGGGAUCUAUACUCACUUUUGAGCUCACUUUUUCUUCGCUAUCUUGAAAAAUUAGAUGUAACCAUUGAAGGAUGACCUCAGUCUCCACAGCUUCUGUAUUCGGAAUCUCCACUCACUUUUGAGCUCACUUUUUCUUCGAUGACUUCAGAAUUAAAAUGUAAGCAUGGUAAGAUAGUCUCAGUCUCUACAGCUUCUGUUUUCAAGUUCUCUACUCACUUUUAAGCUCACGUUUUCGUCGUUGUUUUAGAGUUGAGAUGUAACCAUGGAAAGUAGCAGACCAUCCAAAUCACAGAUUAUUACAGAGAACCCAUGGAUCUCGUAAUUGAUGAAAGAGGCUAUGUGUUACAAACUGUUGACUCCUUAGAGGAACAUGACGAGAGUUCAGCCUCGCAUCUUGAGUUACAAACUAGCAGAUUUUCUGAUUGUGAUCUUGCCAGAAGGUGCAUUCCCGCAUCUCUUCAAGUAUAUUCCACAGAUCAUGGAUCAUGAAGAGCCAACGACGAGAUUUCAGCCUCGAUUGCUUCUGAAGCAAUCUAGGAAAAAUACAAAUCCAUCACAGAAAAGAUUGUAAGAAGCCAAAAAGGAUUAUUAUUGCAGGUGUUAGCAAUUUAAGGGGGUGCAUCUUUCACCAGCCCAUGUGCCUGAGCAUUCAUCGGACCACCCAUUUGGCAAGCAUGAGGGCCGUGAGCAGUGGAUCGACAGGCAUUUCUCUUUGUUAAUGAAGGGAAAUAUGGUUUGUAAAUUGAAAUACUUUAGAAAUUGAUAACUCGUAUAGCC